CCAUACAAAUCCAAAAAGAGUCUGCCCCUGUAUUUGCCUCUGCUCUCACUUCACUCUGUGUGCAAGUUGUUCUGUAGAAAGAAACAGAGAGAAGUUUCUGCAAGUUCGAUGAGAAAAGGGUAUCACUGUUUCAAGAUGGGCUCCUGUGUUUCAAUCGAUGAGAACCCAGAUUCUGCUAUGAAACUCGGCUUUUCUAUUGCUUCGAAGGAUGAUAAAAUACUGAUUCCUUUACCCACCGAGAAGAAAUCCGUAAACGGCGACCACUGCGCUACUGAAACGGGUUUUAAGUUUCAGUCUUCGCCGCGGGGCGCCUCUCUGACGAGUUUUAGGGACUUUGGUAGUAAGGAGGAGACCUUCUUUGAUUCUCAACCUUGGUUAGAGUCAGACUCUGAAGAUUUCUACAGUGUUAAGGGGGAUUUUACCCCAUCUUGCGGUAAUACUCCAAACCAUCAGAGCAGCUUCAGAGUAACACCUCAACAUAAUAAAUCUCUUUCAAUGGAUGGAGUUGCUGGCACCGGAGCUGAAUUGUUUCCAACUGGCAAGAAAAAGAAACUAGCUGACCUCUUCCUUGAGAGUUUUAGGCGUGAUCAGGAUGCAGACAAUCAAACAUUAGCAGUUUACCAAAGUAUAUCUAAUGAAAAACUAGAUCCUAAACCAAUCAACCUGGACCUUCCACCCAGUCCCAAAUCUACUAACGGAUCCCCAUACAUGUAUGGAUUCAAUUCCAUUUGCAGUAAUGAUAAAACUCCAGAUCAAGAUUUUAAAUCCGACAGAGAGAAAUCAGACAGGGCUGCACAAUGGUGUCUCCCAAGUUUUGUUUGUGGAAGAAGAGGUUGAUCCCUGGGCUUAGUGGGGGAAGGUAACUUCCAAUUCAGUGUAAAUGGAUAAAGCUAAUAUCCAGGAUCUCCAAAUUUUCAAAUCCCAAGUCCUCUCUCUUUCCUUUUGGCAGAGUUUUACAUUGUGCAUGAAAAGCAUGGCAUUUAUUGCCAAUUUCUCUUGAGCUUUUGAAGAUGGAUGUCUUGAUAGGAUUACAUAAUGUAUUAACUGAGAAUAAGAAUAAAACGGGGUUGAAGACUUGAGGAGGGGAACUGGAAGGAGGGAGAGAGGGGGGGGGGGGUUUGCUCUGUGCUAUAAUAGCCAGUGUAGAAGGCAUUACAGCUUUUUUGUAUGAAGCUGUUGUAUCUUUUCAAGUUGAUGUGUACUUCCCCCGUAAACGUAUUGCAGAGAGUCUUGUAAGGUAAGCAGAUAUGUGUAUAUACAGAAUGUUAUGAAAUUUCUCUUACUCUA